CUUAAUUUCCGGCAUAGCGAGAUCGCACGGCGACGAGUUAACAUAAAAGAGCUCCACGAUAAAACAAUUUGCUAGAUAAUACAUUUAGUAGCAGCAUUCAAUCAGAUUCAUCCGACCAGGAUGAGUUCGUCCAAACAUCAGUCAGUUCUCAAGGGGAACACUGUCGACAGAAGCAACGAGGAGGUUUUCAUUCAUAAAGUAUUCUCUCAAGUGGCGGUCAACAAUCCAAAUCACACGGCAAUUAUCUACGAAGAUGAGCGUGGCGAAGAAACAAGGUUGACUUUCAGUCAGCUCGAAGCGAGGACCAAUCAGCUGUCACGAGUCCUGGCGAAACGCUGUCAUCGAUCUUCGAUCAACGGCGUUGAUGCAAUCGCGGCGAUUUCGAUGCAGCCUACGGACCGACUUCUGACUCUCGUGCUGGCUACCUUGAAGGCCGGGAUGGCCUACCUUCCCCUGGAUCCAGAGUUUCCGGCCCCCAGGGUUGAGCACAUCCUCACCGAGGCUGAGCCCCUCAUCAUGGUCUCCGAAGAAGGAGCCGACAUGACAAUAUACGAGGGCACACCUGCCAUCACGUACGACAAGCUUCUGGAAGAAGCCAGCAACGAGUCGACACAGAACAUGGAUUUGGACGCGUGUCAAGACCUGGCGAUCAUUUUAUACACUUCGGGAAGCACGGGGGUGCCGAAAGGCGUUAAACUGCUCCACGAUACUCUGAUAAAUUCGCUUCGCUGGCAGUGGAAUGUGAUACCUUAUUCGCCGACAGAGGAAAGAUGCGUUUUCAAAGCAACUGUGACCUCCGUCGACAGUGUGCCCGAAAUCUGGGGCCCUUUGCUUCAGGGAAGGUGCAUCGUCGUUGUUCCAAAGCACAUCACAAGGGACCCUCAGAGGCUCGUUCAACUUUUGGAGAAACACAAGAUCGAACGGCUGGCACAAGUCCCGUCAUUGUUAAGGACUAUCCUGAUGUAUCUGGACAUGCAGCAGGACAAGCAUCUCCUUAAAAACUUGAAACUCUGGAUUUGUUCAGGCGAAGUCUUACCUCUUCCAGUGGCCGAACAAUUCUUGGCCACAUUCCCAUCAGGCGAACACACGUUGGCCAAUUUAUGGGGUGGCACUGAGCUUACGGGCGAUGUCACAUAUCAUUUGAUCAAUCACCCGAAACAGCUCGAGGGUCUGGACAAAGUACCGAUUGGUAAGCCGGCAGAGAACUGCAUUCUAUACGUUGUGGAUAAGAAGCUGCAACUCGUGCCGCCAGGAGAAUUGGGCGAGGUGGUUUGCGCAGGGAAAUACUUGGCGGCCGGUUACGUAAAAGGAAGAGAUCCGCAUCGUUUCGUGGACAAUCCACAUUCUUCGGAUCCAGAAUACUCGAGGAUUUAUCGUACCGGUGACUACGCGAGGAUUGUGAAAGGCAUAUUAAUUUACGAAGGCAGAAUGGACAACCAAAUUAAGGUCCGAGGACAUCGGGUCGACAUCGCAGAAGUGGAAAAAGCUGUCCUGGCAUCUCCUGCCAUCGACAAAGCGGUCGUCCUCUGUUUCAAACCCGGUGAACUUUCGCAGGCUCUCGUUUCGUACGUGACGGUUAAAAACAACACCCGUGUUUCCGGAUCAGAGAUUGAAUCUCAUCUCCGCACCAUCUUACCUCCCCACAUGAUACCGCAUGUCAUAGUGAUCGAUUCCAUUCCGUUAUUGGAAAACGGAAAGGCUGACAGACAGAUGCUUUUGAAGCGAUACGAAUUGAUGAGCAGCGAAAAGGAUAUCGCCGUCGAUUGCGACUACGAAAAUGUCCCGCCGCCUCUUCUUCCUUCAGCCCGCGUCCUUUUUCCUACGGUAGCAUCGGUGAUCGGAAGUAGCGCUCGAGCCGCGGUGACGAUCGACGCGAACUUUUACGAUCUGGGGGGAAACUCUUUGAAUUCGGUCUACACCGUCACCAGACUUCUUGACCAAGGCUACCGUAUCGGAAUAACUGACUUCAUACGCGCGAAGAACAUGGGAGAGAUACUGCGGAGGAUGAGGAUCGACUCGGAGUCAGACUUCGAUGAGCCUCCGUCCGAAGAUGGAGAACGUUACGUCCUCGAGGAGCUUAAUGACUCACAUAGAAAAGACGUUAUCGAAAUGAUCACCGACAGUUAUCACAUGACAUCCGACCUGGAAAAGUGGUUGCCACCUGUCAUUACCAGAGAACAUUUCUCCGAAGUGAUACACAAGCUUUGGGAUCCUCUGGUGGAGCAGGGAUUGAGUUUCGUACUGAAAUCCACGUCUGGCGAGGCGCUAGGAGUUACGUUGAAUUUCGACGCGAGAGACGAGCCUGAGGUGACGAUAAAUUCGAUGAUGACGGUGAUAUUCGAUUUUUUCGAGUACCUUGAAGAGCCGAUCCGAGAGGGACAGCUACCCAAGGGAAAGGGACAGAUUUUUCACGGCUUCAUGAUUGGAACCAACAGCCGUGUCACUACAGCUGAGAACGUCGCUCUCGUAAAGGAGAUGGAGGAUCAUAUGAUCAGAGUAGCCAGGCAGAAGGGCUUUGCUGGAAUAUUAGCAACAAACGUCAACCCGCUUACGCAGCAACUGGCGACUGAUGUCUAUCACUACGAAGUCUUGCUGGACUACCAGGUCAACAAAUACGUCGCGUCUGACGGUUCAACGCCGUUCGGAGAGGCGCCCGAUAGUCAAAGAGCACUCUGCUGCUGGAAAAAAGUUUAGCAAUUUUUCAACAGGAGCCCUGUGAAUUGUUUGUAGUUUCUUACGUGCAACGUAGUACCGCUAGUUAAUAAUAGUCAAUAUCUGGGCGUUAUCAUUUGAUGAAUUUGAUUCAAAUAUUGGUUAUCCGGUGAAAAUCAAACCAACCGGCAAUGCAAUUUGACGCCAAGUUCUAAGACUCACUUUGGAUUGACAAUGAAUUCUCCUCCCUUGAUAGUUCUCGAAAUCACUGUCUAUCCUCAGUGGGAAUUAAUUAACGCAAUUAAAUUUGGCUCUGCGUGAUCCGCGGCGACUAGACACCGGAUGAACUACUCAACAAUGUACAAAUUUUUUAAUAGAACGCCGUUGAAGUGUCGAGCGAGGGUUAGAAGGUUAUUGAACGAUUCGACUCGUGAUUUAGAUUUAUGCACAAUAACAAAAAUUACAUUAAAAAAUGAUAAUCAAUUUAAAGUAAUACCUGUAAGCGUCGUUUUACAAAAAAAAAAAAUGCUAUGUUCUAACAAAAAUAUAAUGCUUGGAAUCCAAUAAUUUGAGGUCGUUUUGAUUACGCACAUUACUCCUUGAACGAUUCAAAAUGAGUUUUGUUAUCAGAGUUCAUUGACUCUGUACAAAUAGAAAAUUAAAUUUCACUCAAAGAUCCGUCCUCUGGGCAACUCUAAUAUAAACUCCGUCGCUGUAAAGGUUGAUUCAGAACUGUUACACUUGGAAUACCGUUGAGAACUGUCGCUAUGAAACUCGUGCCGGUUCUACAACGAGAAGUUUACGAUACGAAUCAUGUUUAUAUUAGGGUGCGUUUGUGCUUACCAGUUGGCAAUAUAGCUUUAUUGUUUGAACAUUUCAAAUACACAAUUGAAUACAUAAUAUGUAUCUAAGUUUUUCCAUUUUAUCUACGCAAUAGAAUGAGGAUUCGUAUUGUCGGUUACGGUCUGUUGUAAAUUUACAUCAAAUAAAUAUCGCCUCAAAAAAUGAACAUGCCGAACAAGAUCGUAACCGGAAUGAAAAAUCCUCGAUUUACGCAUAUCACGAAAAAUCUGACAUAAAUUUAUAUGUAAAUGAAUAUGAUAUAGAUACUAAAUAUUCAUUAUAAUACAUAAUAAUCUCCGAUAUAUGUAUAAUAAGUUACGUCUCCCGUAUGCUUACAUAAUAUGGAUAAGUUUAAUGUAUACUUCGUUACGAGUUCACGGUGAAUAUUCGAAAGGUUCGGUGGACGUAUCAAUUAGAAACAGUUUUUCAUCCACCAUGGAAAAACGAGGGUGAAAGCAAGAACAUUUAAUUAUACAAAAACACUUUUAUGUCCAGAAACAUUAUCUUGUCGAGUUAUAACAGCCGUAUAGAAAUUUUUUAAAUUGCCUUUCACGUAUGUAUAUCUAUAUUCCCCGUAUUAUGUCGUAUAUUUUAUAAACUUUUAUGCAAUAUUGUAUAAUAUGUAUACAUACUUCGAAAUAUAGAAUUAUAAGUAA